GAUUAAGUGAGUUGUCCCAAAUUCUCCAGCUGGUGGGGUUUCCAUAGGAAAAAGCUGCUUCUCUGCUUCCCUAGCCUAGCAACUGUUUGGAAGUCAGAGUCCCAUAUCCUGCUGUACUGGGUCAAGUCCCUCCUGGACCAGCUCUUGUCCAUCAUUUGCUAAAGUGGACCAACUGGUGCCCCUGUGGGCAGUCCUGCCCGACACUUCUACUUCAUCAGUGCUUGGACCUCUCAGAUCGCUCUGAUGAAGAUGGCCUUGCCUGGGAAUCCUGCUUGCUCUAUCAUCAUCUAACUAUGGGACGAGGUUGUGCAAGUGGGUCUAGAGGCAGGAGAACGGAGCCAUCGAGGAAACAUUGGAGGACUUGUCCAGACUUUAAAGAACUCUAGCAAUUUCUGAACCUACCCCACUCUGGUAAGCAUGAUGCAACUUCUGCGACUUCUACUGGGACUUUUGGGGCCAGGUGGCUACUUGUUUCUUUCCGGGGAUUGUCAGGAGGUGGCCACGCUCACGGUGAAAUACCAAGUGUCAGAGGAAGUGCCAUCUGGCACAGUGAUAGGGAAGCUGUCCUGGGAACUGGGCUGGGAGGAAAGGCGUGGGCAGGCGGGGACUGCCUUCCAGGUCUUGCAGCUGCCUCAGGCACUCCCCAUUCAGGUGGACCCUGAGGACGGCUUGCUCAGCACCGGGAGGAGGCUGGAUCGAGAACAGCUAUGCCGACAGUGGGAUCCCUGCCUGGUAUCCUUUGAUGUGCUUGCCACAGGGGAUUUGGCUCUGAUUCAUGUGGAGAUCCAAGUGCUGGACAUCAAUGACCACCAGCCACAGUUUCCCAAAGGUGAGCAAGAGCUGGAAAUCUCUGAGAGCGCCUCUCUACGCACCCGGAUCCCCCUGGACAGAGCUCUUGACCCUGACACAGGCCCUAAUACUCUGCACUCCUACACUUUGUCUCCCAGUGAGCACUUUGCCUUGGACGUCAUUGUGGGGCCUGAUGAGACCAAACAUGCGGAACUCGUGGUGGUGAAGGAGCUGGACCGGGAAAUCCACUCGUCUUUUGAUCUGGUGCUAACUGCUUAUGACAAUGGGAAUCCCCCCAAGUCAGGUACCAGCCUGGUCAAGGUCAAUGUCCUAGACUCCAAUGACAAUAGCCCUGUGUUUGCUGAGAGUUCACUGGCACUAGAAAUCCAAGAAGAUGCUGCCCCUGGUACUCUCCUCAUAAGCCUGACUGCCACAGACCCUGACCAAGGCCCCAAUGGGGAGGUGGAGUUCUUCCUCAGUAAGCAUGUGCCUCCAGAGGUGUUGGACACCUUCAGUAUUGAUGCCAAGACUGGCCAGGUCAUUCUGCUGCGAUCCCUAGACUAUGAGAAGAAUCCUGCCUAUGAGGUGGAUGUCCAGGCAAGAGACCUGGGUCCCAAUCCCAUCCCAGCCCAUUGCAAAGUUCUCAUUAAGGUUCUGGAUGUCAAUGACAAUGCCCCAAGCAUCCACAUCACGUGGGCCUCCCAGUCAUCACUGGUGUCAGAAGCUCUUCCCAAGGACAGUUUUAUUGCUCUUGUCAUGGCAGAUGACUUGGACUCAGGAAACAAUGGUCUGGUCCACUGUUGGCUGAGCCAGGAGCUGGGCCACUUCAGGUUGAAAAGGACUAACGGCAACACAUACAUGUUGCUAACCAAUGCUACCCUGGACAGAGAGCAGUGGCCCAAAUAUAACCUCACUCUGUUAGCCCAAGACCAAGGACUUCAGCCAUUGUCAGCCAAGAAACAGCUCAACAUUCAGAUCUGUGAUGCCAAUGACAAUGCACCUGUCUUUGAGAAAAGCAGGUAUGAGGUCUCCACUCGAGAAAACAACCUACCCUAUCUUCACCUCAUUACCAUCAAGGCUCACGAUGCAGACUUGGGCAGUAAUGGGAAAGUCUCAUACCGCAUCCAGGACUCCCCAGUUUCUCACUUAGUAGCUAUUGACCCCAACACGGGAGAGGUCACUGCUCAGAGGUCACUGGACUAUGAAGAGAUGGCUGGUUUUGAGUUCCGGGUGAUUGCAGAGGAUAGGGGACAACCCCAGCUCACAUCCAGUGUCUCUGUAUGGGUUAGCCUGUUGGAUGCCAAUGAUAAUGCCCCAGAGGUGAUUCAGCCUGUGCUCACUGAUGGAAAAGCCAGCCUCUCAGUGCUUGUGAAUGCCUCUACAGGCCACCUUCUGGUGCCCAUUGAGACUCCCAACAGCUUGGAUCCAGCAGGCGCUGACACACUUCCACUGGUCACUCACAGCUCCCAGCCAUUCCUUUUGGCAACUAUUGUGGCAAGAGACGCAGACUCAGAGGCAAAUGGAGAGCUCCUCUACAGCAUCCGAAGUGGGAAUGAAGCCCACCUCUUCAUUCUUAGCCCCCAUCUGGGGCAGCUAUUCAUCAACACCACUAAUGCCAGCAGCCUCACAGGGAAUGAAUGGGAGCUGGAGAUUGUGGUAGAGGACCGGGGCAGCCCCCCCUUGCAAACACGUGUUCUGUUGAAGGUCAUGUUUGUCACCAGUGUGGACCACCUGAGGGACUCAGCCCACGAGCCUGGGGUCCUGAGCACAUCGGUGUUGACCAUGAUUUGUUUGGCCGUGCUGCUGGGCAUCUUUGGGUUGAUCUUGGCUCUGUUCAUGUCCUUCUGCCGGACUGAGAAGAAGGACAACAGGGCCUACAACUGCCGGGAGGCCGAGUCCACCUACUGUCACCAGCCCAAGAGGCCCCAGAAACACAUUCAGAAGGCCGACAUCCACCUUGUGCCUAUGCUCAGGGGUCAGGCGGCUGAGCCUGGUGAAGUUGGACAGUCCCACAAAGAUGCAGGCAAGGAGCUGAUGAUGGAAGCAGGCUGGGACCCCUGCCUGCAGGCUCCCUUUCAUCUCACACCGACCCUGUACAGGACCCUGCGUAACCAAGGCAACCAGGGAUCCCUGGCAGAGAACCGGGAGCUGCUGCAGGACACUGUCAACCUCCUUUUCAACCAUCCCCGGCAGAGGAACGCCUCCCGGGAGAACCUGAACCUUCUUGAACCCCAGCCAGCCACAGGGCAGCCACGCUCGAGGCCUCUGAAGGUUGUGGGCACCUUCGCAGGGAGGCUGGCUGGAGACCAGGGCAGCGAGGAGGCCCUACAAAGCCCACCAGCCUCCUCUGCAACCCUGAGGCGGCAGCGAAAUCUAAAUGGCAAAACGUCCACUGAGAACGAAUCAGGCCCCCAUCAGAUCCUGCGGAGCCUGGUCCGGCUGUCCGUGGCUGCCUUUGCGGAGCGGAACCCCGUGGAGGAGCUCACUGUGGAUUCCCCUCCAGUUCAGCAAAUCUCCCAGCUGCUGUCCUUGCUGCAUCAGGGCCAAUUCCAGCCCAGACCAAACCACCGGGGAAACAAGUACUUGGCCAAGCCAGGCGGCAGCAGGACUGCAAUCCCAGACACAGAUGGCCCAGGUGCCAGGGCCGGUGGCCAAGCAGCGCUGGAACAGGAGGAAGGGCCCCUGGACCCUGAAGAGGACCUCUCUGUGAAGCGGCUGCUAGAAGAAGAGCUGUCAAGCCUGCUGGACCCCCACACAGGCCUGGCGCUGGACCGGCUGAGUGUCCCAGACCCAGCCUGGAUGGCGAGGCUCUCUCUGCCCCUCACCACCAACUACCGCGACAACGUCAUCUCCCCGGACGCUGCAGCCUCGGAGGAGCCCAGGACCUUCCAGACAUUCGGCAAGGCGGCUGGGCCCGAGCUGAGCCCGACGGGCACGCGGCUGGCCAGCACCUUCGUCUCAGAGAUGAGCUCGCUGUUGGAGAUGCUUCUGGAGCAGCGCUCCAGCGUGCCCAUGGAGGCUGCCUCGGAGGCCCUGCGGCGCCUCUCGGUCUGCGGGAGGACCCUCAGUCUAGACCUGGCCACCAGCGGGGCCUCAGGCUCGGAAGUGCAGGGGGACCUCAGGGGAAAGAAGGGAACUGAGGGCAGGAGCAGCAGUUAGCAGGUGCCUGUGGACGCACCCAGGACAUCUAUGGAUCCAAGAACCAGCGGCCUUGGGACAUGGUAGGGAAUUCAGGCCCAGAGGAUCCCGGGACAUGAGUUGCUUUCUAAAAUAGUAGAACUCACUGAUCAGAGGUGGCCCAAGAACUUCAGGGUGACUGGUGCUGCCCCAACAGAGGAGUCCCAGGACUAAACAGCUGACUGACCAAAGCAGCCCCUUCUAAUGGGGUCUGACUGAAUUUUUUGGAGGAGAGACAGUUUGUGGCUUAAGUGUUUGCUGGCAAAACACAUGUAGAGUGCAAAGGGUCAGUCCCCUGGCAGUACAGAUGCCGCAGGCAUUACAAGCAGGGGAAGGACGGCUUUCCUGGAUACUGACAGUGGGGAGCUAGAUCCAGGGGAUGCCAGGCAAUGCUCUCUGACCUAGUAAUAAAGCAAAGCAGUUGCUUUCUCCUAUUUGCUCCUGUCAGGAGGGAGGAGGGAAGAGUAAGAGAGUCAUCCAAUCCCUGGCAAGAAAGUCACGCUGGGCCUGGACAAGAGGGGGGCACCUUGGUGCACAGUGACAGGUGUGCAGAGGAUGGGCAUGUGUGCUCUUGACCUCACUUCUCUAUCACUAUGUUAUCAAAUAAUCUGCUUCUCAGCUGGAAAAUUCGGGCUAAGAAAAGCACCACUAUUUAUGGGCGGCGCCUGUGGCUCAAGGAGUAGGGCGCCGGUCCCAUAUGCCAGAGGUGGCGGGUUCAAACCCAGCCCAGACCAAAAAAAAAAAAAAAAAAAGAAAAGCACCACUAUUUAUAGAACAUUUACAUGAGCCAGGCACCAGGCUUUACAAUAGGACUUAAUUUUAUUUUCUAACAAUCCUAUGAGGGAGAUAUUAAUUAUCCCCAUUUCACAGACAAGGAUACAAGACUUGGAGAGGGUCAGUGUCUUUCCCAAGAUUAAGCAGGGAGCAGAGACAGAGCAAGGAGCUGGUCCAGGACCAAAACCUAUGUCCUCAACCUUGACACCAGACUUCCCUCCAAGGAAAGGAAAAGCCCUAGAGGUGAGCUAUUGCCAGCAGUGGACUUGUCUGAGCACCUCUGGGAAACACUGUUGACAUGAACAUUUCCAAAGUCUCAAAUUCUCAAGUCCAAAUGCAGGCCCACACAGUUUUGCAUAUCCAACCACAGGGUGAAAGGAAUUUGGAUCUGACUUAAUUCAGGCCCCCACCCCUGUCCUUUCCCAGCGAGUAGCCCUUCAAGUGCAGAAGUCACCUUUCCUGACCUCCAUUUGAGGAUAGACCUUCCUCUGUCAUUGCAGGUUCGGGCUCAUGCAUUCAGGUCCCAGAGGACACUGUGUGAAAUGGGUCUAUGAAAUCGGCACUGACAGCAGCCAACAUUUCAGGGAAGGGGAAAGUGAAGAAACAGCAAAUAUUUUCCCAAGGCUCCCCCUUAUAAUGUUCCUGGAAAUUUUCAAGCAGUCAUUCAGCUAGCUUCUGAAUCAUGUGGGGCUCUCCUGGACACUGAAGGCAAAAUUUCCUCUAUCUGCUCCUCCUUUUGUCCUCUCUCAGAGCUCAGUGCUCAUGUUUACUGUCUACGCAGCAGUUCUCAACCUGUGGGUCGUGACCUCUUUGUAACAAUGAAAAUAUAUCAUGGCAUUAGGACAGCUGAGAACCACUGGUCUACAGAAAUGGGCCAGAGGCAGUGCCUGUAGCUCAGUGGGUAGAGUGCCGGCCACAUACACUGACACUGGCAGGUAUGAACCCAGCCUGGGCCAGCUAAAACAAUGACGGGGGCGGAGCCUGUGGCUCAGUGGGUAGGGCACCAGCCCCAUAUACCAAGGGUGGCCGGUUCGAACCAGGUCCCAGCCAAACUGUAACAAAAAAUAGCCGGGUGUUGUGGCAAGCGCUUGUAGUCCCAGUUACUCAGGAGGCUGAGACAAGAGAAUCGCCUAAAAGCCCAGUAGUUAGAAGUUGCUGUGAGCUGUGAUGCCACAGCACUCUACCGAGGGCAAUAAAAUGAGACUCUGUCUCUGAAAAAAAAACAAAAAACAAACAAUGAUGGCUCAGUGCCCAUAGCACAGUGGUUACCAUGCCAGCCACAUACACCAAGGGUGGCGGGUUGGAACCUGCCCCAGGCUAGCUAAAUAAUAAUGACA